GCACUGUUUUUGCUUAUGGACAAACUAACAGUGGAAAAACACAUACAAUGCGAGGCUCAACUUCUGAACCUGGAGUCAUACCUCAUGCCGUACGUGAUUUGUUCGAUAGUAUACAAGAGGAUAUGGAUCGAGAGUUUCUUUUAAGAAUGUCCUAUAUGGAGAUAUAUAAUGAGGAAAUAAAUGAUUUGCUAGCUCCUGAGCACCGAAAACUGCAGAUUCAUGAAAGUCUUGAGCGGGGAAUAUUUGUUGCUAGGUUAAAAGAAGAAAUCGUUGCCUCUCCUGAGCAAAUCCUUGAACUUAUGGAGUUCGGUAAAUCUCAUCGACAUAUUGGGGAGACGAAUAUGAAUUUGUACAGUAGCAGAUCACAUACAAUUUUUCGUAUGAUUAUUGAGAGUAAGGAGAGAAGUGAAGAUGAAGAUAGUGGCAGUUCUUGUGAUGCUAUUCGUGUAUCUGUUUUGAACUUGGUGGACCUUGCUGGUUCAGAGCGUGCUGCGAAGAUGGGUGCUGAAGGUGUUCGUUUGAAAGAAGGUUCUCACAUUAAUAAAAGCCUAAUGACACUUGGAACUGUCAUCAAGAAAUUGAGUGAAGGUGCUGAGAGUCAAGGGUAUGGAGGAGAGCCUUCAAGAACAGGACAAGAUAAACACAAGUAUGGGAUUACACUAAUGCAUCCUGGACAGCCUUUGCUACUGCUAAAGCAAAGUCACAAUGCACACAACCUUCUUGUGGAUUUUAGGAAUGAAGUGCAAAAUGUGUUCUAAGACUUAUGGAGACUACGUAAUUAAAUGUUAUGAGAAUCCAAUAGCUCUCUCUCUCUCUCUCUCUCCUGAUGUUUGUAAAUUGGUUGAAGAGGUAUUCAUGAUUUUAAGUCUUGGUAUCUAGGC